UGGGCAAUCGGACCUAAAACAACAAUCGAUUAUCGGCAAUAAUCGGACACAUGUACUCGAUUAAUAAUCGAUUAUAAUCGGAAUUGGCAUUUAAGUGUUUUCCCCUCAAAUUAGAUGUAACAGAAUCAUUAAAUGUAUGGAAACAACAUUUGAAUUCUUCUUUGUUUCAUUUAUUCACUGGUAUAUAAAUCAGAAUUCCAAUAUAUCAAGUAAUGGAAUUUAUCUAUAAUAUCAAUGUAUCAAAGAUAUCAGAGAUAGACUCCUUUAUUUUGACUGUCGAAUGUCAUUGUUGUUACCGUCCUUCAUAUCUCCCGCCAUUUUCUUUGCUUAUUUUUGAUCGGGUUUGACAUACAGAAAAUAAAAUUUGAACAAAGUUUAAGUGAUUUCCGGAUUUUAUUUGGUCAACAAUGUCGGCGACUCUUAUUUUGUAAUCGAUUAGUAGCAUCGUGGGUCUCUGAACGACCGACAAUCGAUCAUCGGCGACAAUCGUUUCAUCACUAAUCAGCAGCAAGGGAUAGCCAUGUCGGUAAGCAGCGACAACAAUGAAUUUGAUUUGAAAGAAACGAAGAACUGGUCUUCGUUUUAUCUUGAUGAAGACAUUGGACGGAUCAAUAACAAACGGCUGAAAGAGCUACUAGAUAAAUUGAAAAAAGACAUUGAUGUUGGAUUUGACACCACUGAGGAAAAUGUUUGUAUUCACAAUUUUGUUUCCUAUCUUUAUUGGGGCAGCGACGAGAAAGAACAAGCAUUUGAAUUUGCCGAAAAAGCGCAUCAACUGGGAAGUAAAUGCACAUACACAACGCUAGGAGGGACAGCAAAUUUGGUGACCAUAGGGAAUCUUCGUCACUUUCAUGGAAUAUGUGGAAAUGUAGUGCAAGAAAGGUGUUUUGAUAAAGAAUUUAAAAGUCUGUCGAAAAGAGAAGAUUUUGAAGAACUCAAAUAUAUUGCCAAAGCGGAACUAGCCAUUUGUUUAUCAAAACUUGGUCCUUCUUACUCUCGAAAAGCUAUUCGGAUGUUUAAUGAAUAUGUUGACAAAAUGCAUGAUGCAAGGAAUUGUUGGCAAUUUUACUUUGCCUUAACUCUGAGAAGGAAAUCCCAUCUUAUAGUAUUUGACAGAGAGAAUGAAGACGAGACAGCUUCCAUAAGAGACAUAACGAAGGCGUUCAAUAAGUUUUUGAAUAUUCUUUCUGACAAUUCUUUAGUAAAACUUAAAUCAAGAUCAUGGUGCGAAAUCGGAAUAAUAUUGCAAAGGAGACCACAUCUUGCAAUGACUGAUCCGUACCGUAACACGUAUGGGGAUUUAGAAUACAUUACAUGCUUUACGAAUGCUUUGAAAGUCUGUCCUCAAUCGUACCAUACCCUUCAGCAGUAUGGUAAAUACUUGAGGUAUAAAGGUAUGUUUCAGAAAUCAAAGGAAAUACUAGAAGAAUCAUUGGAAAUUCGUGAAACGUCAACUGCUCAUCACCAGCUUGCUGUUACUCUUCAGAAAAUGGUUCUGCAAGAACAUUAUGAAAAGAAAAGGGCCAAACUUUCUCAGCGAAGACAUGGUGUUACUUUUCAGAGCAACAAAUCAGGUCUCCCGUUAACAAAGGUAAACCUGACUAGCACCAAAACCACAACUGAUGAUACAGAAUGCAAGAGGGCAGAACAGAGAAAAAAAAGGUUAAAACAAAAACUGAAAUCACCUAGAUGGACUCCACAAUAUCCCGAACAUCAAAUGCUUUUGGAAGCCGAACAACAUUUGCGAAAAGCCAUAGGACUGGACGUUACCUUCAAUAUUGCAAGACGUGAUUUAGGUCUGGUCCAGAGAAUGCUAGGAAAAAGUGAGACGGCACUUAAGAAUUUUCGAGAUAUAACACACGCUGAAAAAGGAUCUAAUGAUCAGUUUCUGUCGCUAGCUGCUUACGAGCAACAGGCAUUCUGCAGAAUUGAUAUAAUGAAAAAGAAUGGCGAUGAAAUUGAAUUAGAAAAUGCUGAAGACGCUUUAUGGAAUGCUUUGAGUAUUAUAUCUAUUUAUAUUGAUACACAUCCUGAGCUGAAAGAUGUAUGUAGCACCAUUGAAGAACUUCAAAAGAUCGUAGAAAGAGAUACGGCCCAUCCAGAGAAGGAAGCCAAAUUCCACGAAAAGUUGAAGGAUCGCGAAAAAGCACUAAAGUCUUACUCGAAGUGUACAGAAUCAGAAGAAAAAUACAUGAAAAUGAUUGAGAAUUAUCGUACUGAUGGAAAUUUCAGAAAGGCUAUCGGCCUAUUAGAUCAACUGAAAAUAAACAAAAAUAAAUUUUGUCCUUCUGCAGAAUUCUCGUUUCAAACAUACAUAGACGGGGCGAAUGAUUCUUUAACAAAGAGAAACUUCGAAGAUGUAAAGAUCAGACUUAUGCAAACACUCAGAUACAUUCCAGCGUGGGAGAAAUAUUUCGAAAAUGAAAAUGACAUUGAUGUAGAUUUUCACAUAAUUCAUGAAUGUGAGGAAGAGUGUCCACGUGCAGAGAAGCUAUUAGAAAUACUGACACGUCGCACUUUCAUUAAGUGGAAUGUUAUAUUAAAUGCAGAGGACUGCCUACCGGGAGUAGAUGUUCUACGCUAUUAUGAUGACAAACUGAAGAUGGCAAAAAUCAUUCUUCUUUUUCUCCAUGACAAACCAUCGACAUGUCAUGAUGAACAUCUAAAAAUAGCAAAGAAAGAUGUCAUCAUAGAUAGGAAAGAAAAGACGUUGUGCGUGAUUCUUGGUGAUGCAGAUCAGCCAUCCUACCUACCUAUAAUGGAACUUCCGCCUAAUAUUGACACCGUAGAGGAUGACGAUGAAGCUUCGGAGACGGAAGCCCGUAUCAUAUGUGACAUCUUGCAGCAAAUAUUCCAACAACAGGUGAGUAUUCAGACCCGAGUUUUAUUUUUCGAUGAGCGUUUUUAUGCAGUAGCAGGAAAGAUCGUCUGUUUUUCUCUACUUCGUUUUGUAUUAUAAUUUCCGAUGUCAAUAUCUAUAUUUCAGUCGUAACUUUUGCAUAUUGCAUUAUCUAAUUAUAAAGCCGUUGUUAUGUUCAUCUGUGCUUUCUGGUAUAUGUUCAUUUAGUUUCAUAGUGAACUAGAUUCAGUCGUACCCCCAAGGACGGGAGCUUUCGUAAUUUGGUAUAUUUUACAAUGUCUUUGAUCUAUUUAUGUUAAUUUUAGCUUCAGAACUGUAGCUCUAUGGGGAAACAGAGCACAGAGCUACAAAUCUAACCACUCAACGUCCUCCACAGUAAAUGGGCGAACAUUAAUUAAUUAGAAGCUACGAGUUUUCAGUUGGAGUUGCGCUUUAGUAAAUAUUCAAUAUCAAAUUCUUUGAUAUUAAAAUCUUAGGGCGGCGAGGUCACACCUAAAUUGUGCUUAAAAAAAGAUUUGCCAUAAAUUUCAAGUUUAUAAGGUGUGUAUCUGUACUUCUCUGUUUUACCCUCCUCCCCUGGAGAAAUACAUUUCUGCUUUAAUGAAAUAUCACGUACACAAAUGGUAUAUUAGAUUGCUUUCAAAUCUAAAGUCCCUAUAUAAAUGUAAAUCAUACAUAAGUAAUGUUACACAAUAGAAAGUUUUAAAUCUUUAUAUAGUCCAUACCUAAUUUAGUCCCUAUCCAUAACUGUUUUAUUAAGCUAGCACGUGUGAUGUGGAAUGAUGUAAACACGAGUAUGGUCGAAAGGAAGAAAAACAACGAGCAUAUUUAUAUUUAGGAUUACUCAUAUACUGAAGAACUUUAUUGUAUUGUGAAACUUAUACGGUACCAAUUUUGAUGCACCAGAUGCGCACUCCGACAAAUAAUGUUCCUUCAGUGAUGAUCAAGCCGAAAUAUUGGAAAUCCGAAGAUGCGAGUUAUCAAUAUUCGCGUUGAUUUGCGAGAAACCGUUCUUGUAAAAUCUAAACAGUACAUUUUACUUAUUCAUCGAUGAAGCCCUACCUUGUAUAUCAAAAUUUACUUCCUUCUCGCAAAUUGCUGAACUUGAGUUGCGUUUCGCUAAAUUAAGUAUUCACGUAAUAUAAGUAAUGUUAUUUUUGUCAAGAUUAUUAAUCAUAAAAGUCCCCAUAUCAGAAAAUUUUUGCAAAGGAAAAUAUUUGCAAAUAAUACAAGUUAAUAAGGUACAAAUGUCAAGGUAUUUUUGUGGCUGGUGAGGAUAACACAAGUCAAUACUUUUUUCAGACAAAGGGAACCUGUUGCAAUAAGAAGACGAGUACGAGCAGACAUGAACCAUGAAAACAUACCGCCAAUAUCAUGUUGAGAUGCAUGCAUAUACAUGUAGGAUCGGGCUCGAUAUUCCGAAGUAAGAAGUACAUUUCAGCAAGGAGAAAAUGUGAUAAAGUGAUAUUUUACUGUCGAUAUCGUAACCCAUGUAUUGUGUCGGAAUUUGAUUGAUCUUCAAUUUCGACAUUUAAGCUCUAAUUGAUAUAUACAUGUACGUCUUGCUGCACAUUAUUUAGAAUAGGUUAUGCAAUACCGCUUGAAUUUCCUCCCUUUCCCGCCAAACAUCAUGGCGUUUACAUUGAGAAAUGUAUGCCUCAAGGAAUUAGUUUUUAAUCCUACAGACUGCUUCCUGGAGGAAUAUCCCAACUCAUGUUUACCAACGAAGUUCAAUAAUCGAACAGGUAAAGCAAAAAAAAAUCUGUUCGAAAAGUUGAACGCGAGCAUUUACGAAGAAUCGACUCGGAUGGUCACAUUCCGCACGUCCGAUUAUAGACUGGGUCUAUGGAUCAAAGCUCUGCAUGUUUUAUAGACUGCUAAUAAAACGACAUUUCUAGUA